GCCCGCCUGAGCCCCCGUUGCGUUACAUUAUUAAUGCCAUAUAACGUGUUAAACUGUAUAUGCGGUUUACUACAUUCCAUCUAUAUUAUUUGAUAUCUGCACGAUAAUAAAACGUUUUAUACACUCCAGAAUCUGUUUAUUUUAUUUUUUCAUUUUUUUUUUCCUGUGCCGACUCUGAGCCAGAGCUGCAAUCUUCCCCGUUCAGAAUGAAACUGGAGCGGGGCACUUAAACCCGUCCGCGACUCAUAAUAACUGACGCACGACCUCUCUGCUCUCGCUGAUCCGAUCAAGAUCAACACUCUGUAUCCCAGGGACCGCUUCGCAUCCAAACGCUCUGGAGGGGGGAAGGAGAAGGGAAAAUUCCGGGAUGUUUUAAGAUAUUUGAAACUCUCUCCCAGACGCAGAUUAAGAACCAAAAGAAGAGGACAUGUCCGUGGGGGAAAAAAACAACAACGGACGCUUCGUAACCCUAGGAAUUAAUUAUUUAAUUUCAAACUUUAGUACUAUCGGUUGUAAUUUUAUUUGGAUAUGCAUUUUUUUGUGAAGAUUAUUUCUGGAAAUUUUUGCUUGUGGUAAAUUGUGAUGACAGACGUGUGAGUCAUUCUUCCGCUUCAGUGACUGGCAGGUACUGUAUAAAAAACCCCGGGGCUCAUGGAGACGGCAUCAUUAGAAAAUGAACACGACGGUGUGGUUUUGCUGCUCUGUCCUGGUUUUCGCUGCGGGCAGCGGCGCCUCGCUCACGCCGACCUACCAGUGGAAGGAUGACAAGACGGGGGAAGCCGUGACGUGUGAGAAGUGUCCUCCCGGAACUCACAUGAAGCGGCACUGCGGCAGAGACAGGCGGACCGAGUGCGCGCCGUGCCCCGGCCUGCACUACACGGAGUUCUGGAACUACAUCGACGAGUGCCGCUACUGCAACGUGUUCUGCACAGAGAACGAGUUCGAGAAGCGUAAAUGCAGCCCGACGCACAACAGGCUGUGCGAGUGCCGGGCUGGUUUCUACCGGAGAUACGAGUUCUGCAUCAGACACAGCGUCUGCCCAGCUGGCGAAGGAGUUGUUGCGAAUGGCACGGCGCAUGAGGACGUGCAGUGCCAGACCUGCCCCAUCGGCUCCUACUCCUCCACGCCCUCCGGCACGGAGCCCUGUCGGCCGCACAGAUGGUGCCCUCCCGGGCAGAUAGCCAUCCCCGGCGACGACAAACACGACACCUUCUGUUCUUCCUGCAAGAAAUACGGGAGCGAGGAAAUCGCUAAAAGCGUUGAAGCUAAGAGGCUCUGCGACCGAGAAGUAAUGGAGUACGUGGCACAGCAGCACCUCUCAGAAAAGAAGCUGAAGAGGCUUAUGACUGUGGCCAAGAAGCGCACCCGGGAGAACGCCACUGAGCAGGAGGAGGGCACGCUCCUGAGCUUGUUGGACUCCAUCUCGAAGAAUGAGCACGGUCGAGAUUUCAUCGAGGAGAUUCUUUUCAUUUUGAAGAAGGCCAAGCUGGCGAACCUGGAGAAGAAGGUGAAGAGAUGGUUUAUGGAGCGUUAAGCCCCUGGGUCAACAGAGUCCAGCGUUUCCAACACGCAGGGCAGGAACUCUGCGUUUCGCAGGUUCUGUCCAAUACUGGAGAAAAAGCAGUAUUCAGUAGUUUUUGUUUUCCAGUUUUAUUUUUUUAACAGUGCUGUGCAAAGCAAGUGAAAAACAUUUUUUUGGCAACACAGUUAAGCUCGAAUAAUUUGUCUAGAAUGGAAAUCCUUGUGCAUGUUCGAAUAUAGAAAACAAAUUGCCUUCAAAGAGUGGAUAUUGGAACUGUGUUACCAAUUUUGCCUGUGAUUCCUGUUGUUAGUAGUAAGCCUUUAAGCUGAGGUAGUUAAGCAUUAUUGUCUUUUGAAUAAAGUGCAUUUGACAUUAA